AAGUGUGAGCAAUAAAGCUGGUGAGGGCUGGAAGAAGAUCAGGUGCUGUCAAUACAUGAGAUGACAUCUCUGUGAAACCCACUGGUCCAACCGCCUUCUACAGUAUCAGCUGGAUAAUGGAGACUUCAUAUGCUGAUAAGCCUCUGUUGGAUGGAUCUCCUCAUGGUCCAGAAGCUAGUGGAGAAACACUGGUUAUUGAACGGGCAGCUCUGGGCCGUCCUUUCCGGCUGGGAAUGCUGUACGACUGCCGAUCCGAUUCUCUGAUCCCAGGGGUAACAUUGUGGGAAAUAAAGGCCCUGCGGAAUGACCUCGAUGUGCGACCUCAGCCUAACACAGAGCUUCAACUCAUUGCAUCCGAUUCCAUUGAGAAGAAAGCCAGUGCACUGAAUGUGAAUGCAUCAUUGAAAGCAAGUUUCCUGGGUGGGCUGGUAGAGGUGAAAGGAUCUGCAAAAUAUCUCAAUGAUACAAAGAGAUCGAAGCAACAGGCCCGAGUGACCCUUCAGUACCGAACAACAACCAGGUUUGAGCAGCUGACAAUGAGCCACUUAGACAGACAGAAUGUAACCUACCCACAUGUAUUUGAUCAGGGGACAGCUACUCAUGUGGUUACAGCAGUGUUGUACGGGGCUCAGGCUUUCUUUGUGUUUGAUCAAGAGGUCUCUUCAACAGAGACUCUACAGGAUAUUCAGGGUAACCUGGAGCUGAUGAUUAAAAAAAUUCCUGUGAUUGCAGUUGAUGGUCAGGCCUCCCUAAAAGUGACCGAUGGAGAAAACACAAAUGCUCAGAAGUUCAGCUGCACAUUUUAUGGGGAUUUCUCCUUGGAAAACAAUCCCACUACGUUCCAAGAUGCCAUCAAAAUCUACACAAAUCUGCCAAAUUUACUGCAACAGGAUGGAGAGCACACAGUGCCCAUGAGUGUCUGGCUCUACCCGCUCAAUAAACUGGACUCCAAAGCUGCUCAGCUGGUACGGGACAUAAGUAUCGGACUGGUCAAUCGCUCCCAGUCUGUGCUGGAGCAGCUCAAUGAGGCAGUGAUGAGAUGCAAUGAUAUGAUGGGAGACAGUGUCACUGUUCAAUUCCCAGAGAUCAGACACAGGAUAAAGAAAUUCCAAGAAAUGUGUCAGGAGUACGCAUUGGUUUUCCAGAAGAGUUUAGCCAAGGUGUUAUCAUCUAUCUGAGGAGGUGGGAAGAAGGAAGGAUUAUUGGUGGACAUUCUGAAGAACAAGGAACAGUCACCAUUCAAUCAUCAGUCACUGAUCAAAUGGCUGGAUGACAAGGAGCGGGAAAUGAAUGUGGUGAGAUAUUAUCUCAUAAUAUUGAAAGAUAUACAAAUUAUGAAAUCAAGGAGUGAGUUGGAUAGAGAAGUGUUGAAUCCAGAGACAGAGUAUGUGGUUUGCUUCACAUUCACAUCACUGUAUCAAGAGGAUUUCUAUCUGUCAGGAGCAGACAGCUACCUACAAUCUCACACAACUGAGAGAAUGCUGAUACCUAAUCCUGCUCACCAGGUUAGUGCAGAACAUCACAACCAGCAGUGGUUUAACUCAGUGUCUGUAUCCCAGAAGAUGAGGGAAUGCUCUCGCUUAUUCCUGGAUUUUUUCACAGCCAACAGAGCACGAGGGAAAACAAAAUUCAUUGCUGCUUCUGUACAGGAUGACAGUAAUGUAGGAGCAUCGAUUUACUUGUAUGAGAGAGGGUUUGUGGUGAGUCACUGCUUUGAACUCCCAUCACAGCCAGAGAAACCUGUGGUUAGUGAAAGAACACAUGACAGUGUGACACUCCAAUUACAGCCACCGAGAUACGGUGCUGAUGAGAUUGUUGGGUACGAGGUGGAGUACCGAGCUAAUCAACAGGAGGAAUGGACAACUGUGGAUACAUCGGAUAACUCCGAUUCCCACACAAUAUCUGGGUUACAGUCGCACCAGGAGUAUCAAUUCUAAUACAGAGCAGUGACCAAGGCAGGAGUCAGCAUGGUCAGUGAGAGUUACAGUGUCACUACACUUCCUACAAAUAAAUCUGCUGAUAGAAAUCCCAAAGUUAGGAUAAUUAUCUCCAGCAAGAAGAAUGCAAUAAAGGAGGAAAUAAAGACAACAGUCAAUGAAUAUCAUUAUCAUGAUACUUCAGGGGGAUUGAAACCCAAGUCAUUCUCUGCUCACUGUGGACAAGGAGAUUCUUGUAUACCAAGAAGUGAUGGGGUUUUAAUAAAAAUAGUAAAUGAACCAAAGAGACUGGCUGAGAAACUUCGCAGCGAAAGUACAUUAACAUCCAAAGGGAACCCUUCCAUUUACACAAUCCCCUUAGAGAAGAAGACAAUUGACAUGGAUGGACACCGUGUAAAAUGCUCCUUUGGAAAACCUACCAAAAAACAUAGUGUGAGGACAGUUAUGGUUCUUGGGGCAACAGGAGCAGGAAAAACAACUCUCAUCAAUGGAAUGAUCAACUACAUCCUGGGUGUGAAAUGGGAGGACAACUUCAGAUAUAAAUUAAUAGACGAAGGGACAGGAAGAUCCCAGGCUGAAAGUCAGACAUCCUCAAUCACUGCCUAUGAACCUCACCAUCGAGAAGGAUUCCAGAUUGAUUACUCUCUCACUAUCAUUGACACUCCGGGAUUUGGAAAUACCAGGGGGAUAACCCGAGAUAAAUUGAUCAUUGAUCAGAUCCGAGAGUUCUUUACUUCCCCAGCUGGUGUUGAUCAGAUCGACGCCGUGUGUUUUGUUGCUCAAGCCUCUUUGGCUCGCUUGACUCUCACACAGAAAUACGUCUUUGAUUCAAUUCUCUCCAUUUUUGGCAAAGACAUUGCAGAGAACAUCCAAAUCCUGGUGACAUUUGCAGAUGGACAAGUUCUCCCCAUUCUGGAGGCCAUCAAUGUUGCUGAGGUAUCAUGUCCCAAAGAUAAAAAAGGUUUUCCAGUUCACUUCAAGUUCAACAAUUCAGCCAUAUUUGCUCAAAGUUCAGUUCCUGGAAACUCUUCUGGAACCAAGAGGAGCCCUGAGGAUAGCAAUGAGGAGGAAGAUGAGGAGGAUGGUGAUAACUUUGAUGCAAUGUUCUGGAAGAUGGGAUCAAACAGUAUGAAGAAAUUCUUUAGAGCUCUGAACAAAAUGGAAACAAAGAGUUUACGCUUGACAAAGGAAGUCCUCAGGGAUCGUCAGCAGCUGGAAACUGCAAUAGAGGGAUUGCAGCCUCAGAUCAAAGUCGGUCUGAUGAAACUGGGGGAGAUCAGGAGGACACAACAGGCUUUGAACCAACACCAGGUUGACCUGGAUGCAAAUAAAGAUUUUGAGUAUGAAAUUGAAAUCACAGUUCCUGUACAAGUAGAUCUCAGAGGGACUGGUAAUUAUAUAAUGAACUGUCAGAAAUGUCACUUCACCUGUCACUAUCCCUGUAGAAUUCCUAAUGAUGAUGGUAAAAGGGGAUGUGCAGCAAUGGGCCAGAAUGGAUACUGCACAGUCUGUCCUAAUAAAUGUUUCUGGAAUGUUCAUUUCAAACAAAAGUACAAAUUUGAUUAUGAAACUAAAAAGGAGAAGAGGACAUACAAUGAGCUGAAGGAGAAGUAUGAAAAGGCAUCUGGUGAAAAGAUGACACAGCAGAAAAUCAUGGAGAAUCUUAAGCAGGAAUUCGCUGAUGUUCAGGAUGUCGUGUUGGAGCUGAUUGAACAAUCAUCCCAGAGCAUUUUAAGACUUGAAGAAAUAGCUCUCAGACCAAACCCAUUAUCAACUCCAGCUUACAUCGACCUUUUGAUUCAAUCUGAGAAAGAGGAGGCUAAACCUGGGUACCUGAAUAGAAUCCAGUCACUGAGUGCAGUAAAGCAACAGGCUGAGAUAAUAGCAGAAGUUGCUGGGAGAGAAGAGCUGUUACCAGAGGAAUGGAAACAAUAUCAAGUUGGAAAGGAAUGGAAAAAGGCCAGAAAAGGAGUUAAAGCAAGGAUAUCUAAUAUGUGCCAUUGAAUCAGUCAUCAAGUCAAUUAAAUUGAAAAGUCUGUUGAUGAAUAUUAAUAUAAUGCAGCUGUUGCAAAUAUGGAAAACUGAUGUUUCACCCAGUUGAUCAUUUUAAGCCUUUACUGAUUUGAGUAACUCUUUCCAACUGUUUCUUAUCUGGAGAACAGCUGUUUCACUCAGUUGAUAAACUAAUGCCUUAUUCAGUUUCACUGAUUGAAUUAACUAUAUCCAGAGAUUUCUCAGUUGAUAAAUUAAAUCUGAUUUUUGGUAAAUUUUAGCACAGCUAAUUUUAUGGGAAUAAUGACUCUUUGGAUUGUUGACUAAAUGAAAAAAAAAACGCCUGUAAAUUGUCAAAUAAAAAUUUGUGUUCAGAU